AUGAUGUCUGCCAACCGAUCCACCAGUGAUGGAACAGUGUCCGCUGUACAAAAUACUAAACAUUCUACAAGUAGUGCGUCUGAUCUUCCCGCCGCAGAGGCAGGUCCAUCUCGAGCUACUCAUACCGUGACUGUUCGACCCAAAAUAACACUUGAAUCGGAAGAUGAUGAGAGGGGCUCAGUCUACUGUUUCACGUGUGGUGUCGAUACCAAAUCAGAUCUCCCUGGAGCUCAGUGGGUCGCCAGACAUCUUCCUCCAUUCUUGGGUGUGGGAAGUAAAGCUAGGGACAUCAGUGAAAGGGUUAGCCAGAUCACCAAAGAUUUCCAAAAAGAAACCUGGUACGUUCCUGGUAGCCAACGGUCUGCACGGGCUGCGAAUAAUGCGAUCCGGCGUGAGAUUGGUGAAAAGAUCAAGGAACUCAGUGAAUCCAAUCCUGAUAUCGUGUUUGAAAUGGAGGGUAUUGAAUGCUUGGGACCGGACGACAGUGAAGGUUUCAACGAGGGAAUCACUAUGGAAGUGGAUGUUGAAGUCCAGUCUAGAGUCAAUGCCUAA